AUGGGCUCGGCCCUCAUCACUCGAACAGGUGACGCCGCAACGCUUUUGCUCUAUUCGAUAUGUGUCAACUCCGCAGCCUACAAGUUCAUUAAUACCGUCUUGUCAGAAGGCGAUAUAGGUAGCAUCGAAGAUGGCAUGCGCAACGAGGCGGCAAGAUACCUCCACAGUGUCCAGCUCGCCAUGACCCGAAUUCAUCUACUUUCAGCUCCUUCACUGCUUCUGUUGCAGUCCUUGCUUAGCAGCGCUUUCAUCGCUCAAGGACAGGGUGACUCGGUGCAUUGCUGGGCGUUUAUCUCUGCUGCCUGUAAAACCUGCGAGGACCUCAACCUUGAGACUCAAGUCAACGCAUGUCAAACAGAGACGGAAGACGACUUAGAGCUGUACUACUGCUAUGUUUGGUGCCACAUUCUGGACAAGAAUUAUUCCAUGAUGCUUGGUCGAACACGUUGUCUCCUCAAUCACGAAGGUCUAGACUCGGUGUUCUCAUCACCACUGAACAGGUCCUUGUCCGCACUGCUUUCGACCUAUCUGCACUUCGUGCCUGUCCAAGCCAUCUUCAUUUUGGAACUGCACCCGUUCAAGAUUUCAAACAAGAAAGCGCUACUUUCGCGUGUCGAGUAUAUGGUAGCCAACCUCUUAGAUCGCCUGAAACGCGUGCACGCACGAAUAAGCGAGCGCGUCACAGAUGAACUUGAGGGUCUUGUCGAGCUCUCGACAUCGAUCGCGAAAUUGCAGACGCUGUUCAAGUCCUUCAUCGAGCUUUGCGAAGGCCUAGUGUCCCAGAAGCGACAGAGAACCAUUCCCGCCAACGUUGAAGCAGACUUUCAGACACCUCAAGCGCCGCAAGUGCCUCUUGCAACCUCGCAGGCACCAGAUUGUGCUCCAAACAUGACGGUAUUAGCCAACACAGGCGAUACCUGUGGCCUCUCACAACCAACAUCUGCCCCAUUUGUCACACCUGAAAACGAGCUCACGUUCACAUCCGGCGGUACAUCCGGCGGUACACCCAGUGGCUUGAAUCCCGGAUGGGGAUUAUUCGAUGUUCAACCCACGCUCGACUGGCUCGACACUGACUUCUCAUUCUUUGACCACGAACAAUAUCAGCAAUGGUGA